GCUUAUAACAGCCAUCUACCUGCUCGGCAUUCCAUAUUCCUCUCGCUUUCCACCAUCAUCAUGACUGUCGGCUAUUCAGACGGCUUUGGGACGCGCGCAGUACACACAGGUUCCGCACCUUCACUAGAAACAGGCGCUGUCAUUCCUCCUAUUUCUCUUGCAACCACAUAUGCGCAGUCUGCCGUCGGUGUACACAAGGGCUACGAAUAUACCCGGUCAGGAAAUCCAAAUCGCGACCAGCUCGAGCAGCUUCUAGCAAGCAUUGAACGGGGCGGAGAAUAUGCUCUUGCCUUUGCCUCGGGAUCUUCUACGACGGCAACCGUUCUCCAGAGUCUCGGUCCAGACGCACAUGUUCUUAGCGUCAACGAUGUUUAUGGAGGAACCUUCCGCUAUAUGACCAAAGUUUCGAACUUAGAGACGUCUUUCGUUGAUUUGGAGAAGGAAGAAGAUGAAACGAUCUAUGCUGCGAUUAGGUCUAACACGAAAUUAAUUUGGAUAGAAUCACCAACAAAUCCUACCUUGCGACUAAUUUCCAUCCCUCGCAUCGUCGCAAUCGCGCGCUCGCAUCCGUCAAGACCGCUCGUUCUUGUAGACUCGACCUUCCUCUCGCCAUACUAUCAGUCCCCUCUUCUGGCAGGAGCCGAUCUCGUCAUGCAUUCACUCACCAAAUAUAUCAACGGACACUCAGAUGUCCUUAUGGGAGCGCUGAUCCUUCCAGAGAGGCACACAGAACUCGCCCAGCAUCUUCGCUUCUUGCAAAAUGCCAUCGGUGCUGUCCCGAGUGCUUUCGACUGUUGGCUCGCUCAACGAGGAGCUAAGACUUUACAUCUCCGCAUGCGGCAACACGGUCAGAGUGCUUUACGCGUCGCUCGUUUCUUAGAAAGUCGUAUAGGCAACGAAGUAAAGGACGUUAUUUAUCCUGGUCUGGCAAGCCAUCCUCUAAAUGACGUCGCGUACGAGAGUUUGAGUCCUCAUGCACGCGCGUGGGUUGAUAGUCUCGGAGAUCGUGAAACGGCUGGUGGAUUCCCUUACGGCGGGAUGGUCUCGUUCCGAAUUGCAACUCCAGAUGCAGAGACGUACGGAGGCAAGGCACACGCAACAGCUGAGAAUUUCCUUAAAUCGCUACGUCUCUUCACACUCGCUGAGUCGCUCGGUGGUGUUGAGUCUCUUGCGGAGUUACCAUCCCUCAUGACACACGGCUCCAUCCCGCCUGCUGAACGCGCUCAACUCGGAAUCGGUGAUGACCUCGUCCGACUAAGCGUUGGUGUUGAGGAUGGUGACGAUCUAGUGCGCGAUGUCGAACAGGCUUUGCAGGUUGCUGUGUACGGCGACCCAGUGAAGACGAAGACGAACGGUGUAAACGGACACGUUUAUUUAACUGCGAGUGGAGAUGACUCCCCGCCUCUCGUUGGUUAGAGGAUGUCCUCUUCCUUGGACUUUGAUUUUGACAAUCUAUAGACUGGUAUGAUCGAGCUUAAAUUAUUAUUCUAUAGAAGUUUUCGCAAGGAACGUUGUUGCUUUCUUGUAGUAGUCUUAUUAAAUGUUGGAAUACAUGAGUGGUUUUCUCUGAGUCGGAGAUUUUCAUGAUGGGAGUCUAUAUCAUCGUUGCUGUAAAUCACAAGAACAGUUUAAUAUAGAUGAUCGAAG